AGAGGCGAGGCAGACUAGAUGAACAGGACAGGGCAUGAAUUCAAUGACGGAAGCGAAAGUUUAUACCGUGUAAAAGUUGUUAGACACACGGUGACUUUUCUCUCCAACAGGCCAAACAUGAGCUCUCUGUGUCUCUGCGGCUGAAAUAUUCUGACCUCUCAGUCCCUCUCUUUAGGAGAAAUCACUCCAGCCUUGUUCACAAUGAGCGCGUCUGCAGGGACAGGAGUGUUUGUUCUCUCCUUGACGUCCAUUCCCAUCUGUUACCUGUUCAAUUCACUCAUUUACAGCGACAGGUGAGUCCAAAUAUAACUUCUGAGCAUUUUAAUUUAUCAGCCAAACAAAUUGUAUUUUUAAAAAUGUGCCUCAGAUUUUUUAGAAAUGUUCUUUUGUUUUUAACACUGCAGUGCUGAGGCUUUCGUCUUUGCUGGAUGCACGACUCUCUUCAUCCUAGCCAUUUCUGCACAUUUCAUUCUCAAGAGGAAGGUACCUGUAGAUCCUCUUUUCUAUGGUAUGAUAUAAAAAGCAUGUUCCUUUUUUUCUCUUUUGAAUAUCUAGUUAUGAGCUGGAAAUCAUAAGGCUUUGACUUUUAAAAUGAAAUAAGAUUAACUUUAUUCAUGGUCAUUUUUAUUCUGUUUUCCACACAAUAUUUGUUAAAAAGCUCCUGUGAGGAGUCUUUUGGUACUUAUGAAAAAGACUGAAAUUCAUACUGAUGCCUUUUUAUGAUAUCUUACAAGCAAAAAAGACAAUUAGUGACAAGAGUAAUGUUUUUAUCCCUGAAUUUUUGAUGCCUGGAACAGAUUUGAGGGGGUAGGUGUCAGCCAAACAGCUGAAGAAACAGCCCUGUUUUCACAUUAUUCAUGUAAAUAGUACAUUUGAUCAUCAAAAGUGAGUAGGAUUAGCUUUUCUGUCAGAAGAUUGUGUUUACACAUGUAGGAGACAAAUUAAGCAAACACAGCUUUGUCCACAGGGGCCACCAAAAUUUGCACAAUCUGAAAAAUCUUCACAGGAGCUUUUACUAAGAGUGACACAGAUACAGAACAUAUAAUGAGUACGGUAAUGACUUGACAUUGUGUAAGCAUUAAGGAAAUGUAGUUUUGUUCAAAAUCAUCCCUCCAUCUGUUCAGUGUAUGCAGUGCACGCAUUCCUGAGUGUGGCGAAUCUUAUCAUUGGGUUGGAGCAGGACAACAUCAUCGAUGGAUUUGUGACCUUUUACCUCAAAGAGGCAAGUGUUUUAAUGUUUAUAAGUUGUUUUUAAGGUACCUGCACAAUAUUUUUUCUGAUAAAACCUCCCUGUUUCAGGCAGAUCCACACAUCAACACAGCACAUGGGCACAUGAUCUUGUACUGGGAUGGAUGUGUGCACUAUCUAAUGUAUCUGCUAAUGAUUGCUGCAAUAACAUGGGGGUAGGACCUGAUACAACACUACUAUCUAUCUAUCUAUCUAUCUAUCUAUCUAUCUAUCUAUCUAUCUAUCUAUCUAUCUAUCUAUCUAUCUAUCUAUCUAUCUAUCUAUCUAUCUAUCUAUCUAUCUAUCUAUCUAUUUACUGUGUGUUUGUCUGGCUUUAACAAUGGUGUGUUUUUUUUUCUCACAGAGAUAGUUACAGAGCUAUUGGACUGUACUGGGUAGGCUCUUUUCUCAUGCGUGCCAUAGUCUACAUUCUUGGGAAUGCUGUGGGUAAGUAUACUAAAAAUAAUGAGGUGCUUUUAGAAAGCCUGUGCAAGGUAGCCUGUGAAACUCCUCUACAUGGCUUUUCCUGAAAAUGGUGCAAACAGAUGUUUAUAGUACAAAGAUUAAUACACGUUUCCUGCUGUACACAUUGCCACAUAUGGUACUCUUCUCGUUGACUUUUUUCAGUCUACAGUAUUUUACAUAUUUUUUAGUGAAAAUAUUGUACCGCUUGUUUUUUUCCACAGGGAAAUAUGGGACCCACGUUAGCCCUCUCUUCAUCCUUCACAUGCUGUAUAUCUCAGUGUCUAUCUGGGCCUGCUUUCGCAUCUUCAGUCAGCCCACCACGAGGGACAUUCAGCUGACAGUAAGUUAGGAUUGAAAAGGGGGAAAAAAUCUUAAUGGAGAUUCCCACCUUCUCUUGUUUACAGUUAUAUUUGAAGAGAUGGAAAAUACAGACAGCCGUUUGUUAAAGUAAUAGAGAAGUGAAGCAAACUACGUACUAUGCAACAGGCACACACAUCUUCAACUGCCAAGAAAAAGCUGCACCUUGUGUCUAAAAUAGACUUAUUCAGUCAUGAAGUUGUUGCAAAGAAUGUAUACAAAGUUUUUUUACCUUAUUAUUUUAAGGGAAUAAUUCAUUUAAAAAUCAUUCAUAUACCUUUAAAACAUGGGCUUAAUUUUCACUUCAUGAUAGAAAACUUGUCCUCCCUUUGGUCAGUUCAAGCAAGUAAGUUGUGUCAGAGAAUUUUUGACUAUCAUAGGACAACAACAUAUUAGUACCAGUGUGUUCGUAUUAUAGAGCCAUGUUUGAACAUCAUACUGUGGCUUUCUCUUAGAGCACUCAGGAAGAUGAAAGAAAAAGUUUACUCGAGAGACCUCUGGACUUGUUCUUCAUCAUCUACCUCAUUCCAGCUUUUGCUUUCUGUGUCUUUAGAGGUCUGGUAAGAAACCCUUCGUUUAUCAUCUGCCCUAAACUGCACACACUUUGGUGAAACUGUUUCUCUAAGGUUGGAGCUUCAGUAUUUCCUUCUUUCUUAUGUUUUAGAUUGUUUUGGACUGCUCCAGUAAAUGGUGUCAGGAGUACACACAGCAGUAUGAGCCUUACCUGAAAGACCCCUCAGCCUACCCUAAACUGCAGGUAACUCACUGUUAAUCAUAAAACCUUCAUCUUUCAGUGUCAUAACACAAAUAUCAGAAGCAGUGAAUUACAUCUGUGUUGUUUAGAUGUUGGUGAGCAUGCUGUACUCUGGACCAUACUACAUUAUUACUCUAUAUGGGCUGAUGGUUCCAGGAUGUGAAUGGAUGCCAGACCUGACUUUGGUGCAUUCAGGAGCACUGGCACAGGUAGGGAUCACUAUAAGGAUCUUAAAGACUUUCAGUAAAAGGAAAAAGCAGCAUUGUUUUCACUUAGCAUUGAUUUGGUCUAGAAUCAGGCUUAGUUUGAGAUUAGUCAGACAGAUGAAAUGAUAAGCUUUAGAAUAGUAUGAUCAGGUAAGUUCCAAUAUAGUGAAGUAUGAACUGAAAGAUCUGGUAAAAUAUGAUCAUGUAAGAUAUUAUAAGCUGCAUUAAAAAGGAAAAGAAGAUGUAAUAUGAUACAAUGUCAGACAAUAAAGCUGAUAUCAAAUGACACCAUACAGACGUGAGAUAAUGGAUUAUGACACUGUAUGAUAUGAUGCACUAUGAUAUAGACAGAUUUGUACAGAGUCAGUACAGAACAAUUUGAUGCAACUCAUUUUUAUCGUCCCAACAAGGAAACCUAUCUUGUGCUCCAGGGCUGCUUACGCUUAGCUAAAUAAUAAACAGCAACAUGUCAAGGGGAAAUAAGAUGUAAUUUGAUACAGUAUAAUGGGGUAUGAAACAUGACAAUAUUAUCACUUUUGUCCCCUAUAAAGACUUGUUUUAGACUUAAAACUGCAAAUAUUUUGCUAAAAAAAUAAACAGACACAUCAAAAUUAGGAACGCACUUAUCAGAAACACAUUAUAAUAUCAAAAAGUGUUACGAAACAGGAAAUGAUACAAUAUGAUCAAUUUACCCUUUCCCCCAUUAGAUUUCUGUCUUUGACUCAAAGCUGUAAACAUUUGGCUAGAAAGUGAAAACUAUGUAAACAAAACAGAAUGUGCUUAUUAUAACCCCAUAAGUGAGUGACAGAGAAACACCAUAAACAUUGCUGCUGAACAUUCCCUGAAGGCUCGAUCAUUAUUCUCUUCUUUUUUUAAAUGAGGUUGCCACUUUUUACUUUCUGAAGCACUUAAAUUAAUACAGCAGCUGUCUAUAUUGUAUGACAGAAGUAAAAAUCUUGUACUCUGCAGUUACAAUAGUAGAAUGGUUGUCGACACCAAACCCAAACUUUGAUCUCAGCCAGUGCAGAGAAUUAACUGUGUUAUGUGGAGAUCCCAAAUCUAACUUUACUCUCUGCAGCUGCAGGCACUGCACACUGGUUUGUCACACCUAUUCUUAUGUCCAGUGCUCUGUGGUUCCUCAUGAACAGCAGUGACAUAAACAACAUUGUUAAAAACUGAGAGAUUGAAACAGCAAGUAAAGCGAUCACAACCCAAGAAUACAAAGCAGCUAUUGUGCUCAAGUUGCAUGCUGACACGUCACUCAUCAGUGAGACAAGGGCAGAAGCUGACUUCAGGCUGAGAGGAAUGGUGGUAUUGGUGGUAUUCACUUAAAUGUCAGCUGUUCUGGCUGGCUAUAAAUAGGCAAGCUGAUGCUCCGACAACCAUGGCUGCUAUGAGACAUUGUGUGUGUGUGUGUGUUUUUACAGUGACUUUCUAUGCAACAUCAGUUAGUAGGUGUCAUUUAGAUUGAAAAAAUAGUUAAGAAUGGGUGGCAGCAUUAUAAUUCAACGAUAGGUGUAUCUACCCUGAAAUAAUUGUGUUUCAAAUCUAAAACUUGUAAUUUCUUUAAACUGUUCCCAGUUGUUGUGGAAGUGCAGAAGUGCAAAAUUGUUGGAGGACUAAAGUGAACUCCCUUUGAGUGUGUCCUAAAAAACCUGUUUCUGUGAAUAUAAUGAAUGAAAGCUUUUAUGCAUCACCCUUGCUGCUGCUCUGCACAGGCACAGUUCUCUCACAUUGGUGCAUCUCUUCACACCCGGACACCAUUCUCCUACAGAGUGCCUGCUGACAGCCAGCUGGUCUUCUUGCUGGUCAAUGUUGUAUAUGCUCUGGUGCCUCAGGCUCUGUGCUACCGGUGCUUUACCAGACCUGCCUUCUUCCUCACGUCAACGCCAGACAAGAAGACUGAAUGACAGAGUGCCAGAACGUAAAAAUGCUAUAAAAUAGAAAUGCUCCAUUAUGAAUAAAAUGCUAUAGUGCUUUUAAAGUACUGCCUUGUGUUUGCAGUUGUAGUUUUCUAGAAAGGGGCUGACACCAGUCACCUUCAGACUUUGUGAAUUUAUUGAAAACAUACUCAAGUACCCGUGUGUUAGGGUUUGUAUCAUAUUGCAUAAAUUUUGCCUAUUUUGAAAAUGUGAAUGUUGAAAAUGAAAUGUUGAUAAGCAGGUCCUCUGAAGAAGGUCACAGCACAGACACGUGUGCUCUAGAACAGUAAAUAAGUGCAUUUAAAGUACUUCAUGACACUCUUUGUUAUAUUUUGAUACAUUCUUUGUCUUGUUUGCACUCAAAUUUCUGUCAAGUGCCUUUUUGCUAAUAUGUCAGACAAUAAAAGAAAUCACUGAAA